AUGGCAGCUGAUGCUGACUUCCAGAGUGAUUCUUGGAUGUCUAGGAAACUCGCUUAUUUGAGCCCUGGCCUGUUAUACAACUGUUUCGUCGUGUCUUUCAUCACUAUGACCACUGCAAUGAGGAUAGAUAUAGGAGAUGUCGAUAUCAGGAGAUUUGGCCGAGUCGUGCAGCUGCUUUUCUUUCUAGAUGAUGAUGCCUUUGCUCUUCUUUCCAUCAGCGUAUAUGUGUCCACCCUCUUAGUUCUUAUGCCAGUUUGGAUUGGAUGGGUUGUAUUAGCAAUUGUUGGAAACAACUUUCUGUCUGGAAACUCUCCUGUUAUGCUUGGAUACAUGGUGAUGCUGUCAACUUGCUUUGCUUACUUCACUCUCCCUCUAAUCCCAUUCCCAGCCAUAGUCCGGUGGUUUUCUCUGGGAGUUCACUUCAUAGCACUGAAACUGCCAUGUCUUUUUGUGGGUUUCCUCAGUAAAAUCCUGCAAAACCCUUCAAAGUCAAACCUCAUUUCCAGUCAUAGUCCAGUGGGUUUCUUUGGGAUUUCACUACAUAGCAGUGAUAUUGCCACCUCUCUUGUGGAUUCUCAUUAA